AACUCGAGCUGUGGUUAUUGAGUCCAGUGUCCCAACUUACUGAGGAUACUGUGAAAAACGGUAAGAAAUUAGUUAGUAAUAGAAAGUUGCCUCUUGAUGAUGUUCAAGAAAAUGAUCAAAGAAGACUUAAAGACGAUAAAGAAUCCAUACCUAAUCUUGAAAAGAAACUACCGACGAUUUACCUGAAACAUGCGGAAAACGAUAAUCCGGAUAAGAAGCAUGGUCUUGAACUCUAUCAACAAAAUGGAACGGGAACUGAAAAAGACGAUUGUAAGCCACUCACCUAUUGUGAAAACAUACCCGAUGAUGAAACCGGCGAUAAAAGUGAUCGUGAGAC